AUGAAAAACACUGCACUGGUAAAGAUCCUAUCUUACUCCUGGGCAACAACCCAAAAACUUAUCCACUAUGGUCCAAUCAGAUGCCUCCAUGGCCCAGAGGUGUGGCUCUGGGUAAUUAAUAAAAAGCUCUAUAGGACUGGUGUUUGCAAAAAGGUUUCUGAUCACAGUGUUUUCAAAGCCCGUGAAAACCUUAACGCUGUCAAAAUGGUCGAGUGGACAGAUGCUGAGCGCAAAGCCAUCACAGGCCUGUGGGGAAAGAUUGACGUGGGAGAAAUUGGUCCCCAAGCCAUCACCAGGCUUCUGAUUGUGUACCCCUGGAGUCAGAGAUACUUUAAAGCCUUUGGAGACCUGUCCACCAAUGCUGCCAUUAUGGGAAACCCCAAAGUGGCCCAGCACGGAAAGACCGUGAUGGGUGGUCUGGAAAAUGCUGUGAAGAACAUGGACAACAUCAAGCAGACCUACGCCAGCCUGAGUGUUAUGCACUCUGAGAAGCUCCAUGUGGAUCCUGAUAACUUCAGGGCGCUUGCUGAGUGCAUCAGCCUGUGUGUGGCCGCUAAGUUUGGCCCCGCUGUCUUCACUGCUGAGGCCCAGGAAGCCUGGCAGAAGUUUCUGGCCGUGGUCGUUUCUGCCCUGGGUAGACAGUACCACUAAGGCUCUGAAGGAGCAGUUUAUCAGAGAUGUGCAACAGUCAUAAAAGUAAUUGCAAAGCCAUGUAUCUCUUUGAUUCUCUUGCCAAAUGCACCAAUAAAUAACUCAAAUCAUUAA